AUGAAUGAGGCCCCUGUUGCGUUAGGUGCACUAACGCCACAGGACUGUUACUGUAUGAGUUUGAGCGCAGCAUAUUAUGACAUACAUAUUUUACUUCUUUUAGAAGACAAAGGGAAAGCAAAACCCAAUAGUGCAAGUCAGCGGUCCAGUCCAGAAGUGGGUCCUUUUCUUCCCAAACCUGGAGUGGCAGCAGUGGCACCUGUAACACCUGCCUCAUCCUCCAAGAGCACAAAUGGAGCUCCUAACACAGUUUCUGAGUCAGAAGAGGAAAAAGCCAAAAAACUACUUUACUGUUCAUUAUGCAAAGUGGCUGUGAAUUCCCUGUCACAACUAGAAGCCCACAAUACAGGCUCCAAGCACAAGACCAUGGUCGAGGCUCGGAACGGUGCCGGUCCCAUCAAGUCUUACCCUAGACCUGGAUCCCGGCUGAAGGUGCAGAAUGGCAGUAAAGGCUCAGGACUGCAGAACAAGACGUUUCAUUGUGAAAUCUGUGAUGUCCAUGUUAAUUCAGAAAUUCAACUUAAACAGCACAUUUCCAGCCGAAGGCAUAAGGACAGAGUUGCAGGAAAGCCUAUGAAACCUAAAUAUAGUCCUUACAACAAACUGCAGCGCAGCCCAAGUAUUUUAGCAGCAAAACUCGCAUUCCAGAAGGACAUGAUUAAGCCACUGGCACCUGCUUUCCUUUCAUCUCCCCUUGCUGCGGCCGCAGCUGUAUCAUCGGCUCUGUCCCUUCCUCCCCGUCCCUCUGCCUCCUUGUUCCAGGCGCCUGCAAUACCACCAGCUCUCCUCCGGCCGGGCCACGGUCCCAUCCGGGCAACACCCGCCUCCAUACUUUUUGCGCCAUACUAA